AUGGCGCAAUCCGGGUACUCGAACCCGCUGAAGAAGUUCAAGCUGGUCUUCCUGGGCGAGCAGAGCGUGGGCAAGACGUCGCUCAUCACGCGCUUCAUGUACGACUCGUUUGACAACACGUACCAGGCGACCAUCGGCAUCGACUUCCUGUCCAAGACCAUGUACCUCGAGGACCGCACCGUGCGCCUGCAGCUCUGGGACACGGCCGGCCAGGAGCGCUUCCGCUCGCUGAUCCCCUCGUACAUCCGCGACUCGUCCGUCGCCGUCGUCGUCUACGACAUCACCAACAAGAAGACGUUUGAGAACACGCGCAAGUGGGUCGACGACGUGCGGGGCGAGCGCGGCAACGACGUGAUCAUCGUGCUGGUCGGCAAUAAGACGGAUUUGAACGACAAGCGCGAGGUCACCACCGCGCAGGGCGAGGAGGAGGCCAAGAAGAACAACCUCAUGUUCAUCGAGACGAGCGCAAAGGUCGGGCACAACGUCAAGGCCCUGUUCAAGCGCAUCGCGCAGGCGCUGCCGGGCAUGGAGGGCGAGGGCCAGCAGGGGCAGAGCCAGAUGAUCGACGUCAACAUCAACCCCAGCCAGCCGCAGGAGCAGAACUCGUGCGCGUGCUGA